AUGGGUGGGAUGACCUUCGACGUAGAGCAACGCCUUUGUCCCACCGGAAGGCGACAUGCAAUGGCCUUCUGCGCACCACGACCUUUGCCUCUCCGCAAAACUGGAGUAUCCUCCGUAUCAUUUCGCUGUGCAAUAUCGAGUCCAAAAAGUGAUUCCAAAGAAAAAGUGUCACCAUCCAUCGCCGACAAGCCAUUUUCCACCUGGGCGACGUCUAACAAAAUUGACAUGUCGGCCGUCUCAUUGACAAAGGAUAAAAUAGAAGCUUCAGGAACCGAAGGGCUACUUCGUGGAAUGACGGCCACUACCGCUCUGAAGAAGGGCGACCAACUGAUUUCAGUGUCUCGAAAACCCACCUUGCAGGUAACCUCGCUCGAUGGAAAGAAAUCACCGAUUCCAGAACAAAUAUCAGGAGCAAGUUGGCAAAAGCUUCCGUGGUUUGCAAGGUUAGCAUUACUACUCUUGAACGCCAAAAUAGAUCCUGAAAGUGACCUUCAGUUGUGGAUUGAAAGGCUUCCAAAGUCAUUUGACACUCCGUUUCACUGGUCCGACAAGGAACUGCUCGAACUUCAGAAUCAGAAAAUGAUCCAAUCCGUUCAUGAACAGCGAAGUCUCUAUAGGAGGCUUUACAACGAGAUAAACGGAAAUGUGGACAAUGCGCUGGCAAGAAAGUUGAAGUACGAUGACUUUAUCUGGGCUGUAGAAUGCAUUCGAAGCAGGGCGUUUUCGGGGCCCUUAGAGGUGGCCCCUUUCAAGGAAAGGAUCAGCCUGGUUCUUUUCAUCAUCGGAAACACAUUGGCAUGGCCGGCGAUACACUUGUUACCAUGGCAGAAUGCGCUCAACGGAGGAUUAACGGCCAUGUUUGCAAUGACUAUGUAUGACAUUCUGACGCCAAAGAUUCUAAAAGUCGUGCGUGGAUUUGAAUUAAAGCGCUACGCAAUGACUCCGGGAAUCGACAUGAUGAAUCACAGUUCUACCGUAACUGGGAAGGCGGAGGUUUCGUACGAGUACUUCUCAGAAAAAUUUGUUGUACAGGCAGGCGAGGACUACGAGUCCGGUGAUCAAGUGUUCAUCUCGUAUGGGGCUCAAGGCAAUGACGCUUUUCUACAGUACUACGGUUUUGUCGAAGAAGGAAACUCUGCGGAAACAUAUACAUUCGGAAGAGAAAUCGAGCAGGUCUUGGGGGUGCCGACAGGCUCACUGGUUGCAAGGACAAAUUCUGGAUUCGACGAUUCAUCUAUCCGAGCAGUGGCAAAGAAACUGGGAGGCAGAGUGUUUUUUUUUUUUUUUUUUGCCGUAAACAACACUAGGGAUUAG